AUGUCAACAAAAUCGUGGACUGUGGUUAAAUUUGAAGAUGAGAACACAGUUGAAGCUGUUCCAACCACUUGGAUUUUAGGCAGCUCUUGUUAUUGGCCCCCUUAUUCAAGAGAUAAGCUGGUAGCUGCCAUCAAAAAUUUCGAGGCCCCGAAUACCCAUUGGCCUCUGCAUAAGAUGGAGGUUUUUCGCAAUGCAACUUUUGAUUCCUAUUUGGAGGCAAGAAAAGAGUCCAAUGUAGCAGAGUAUGCCAGUGAUUUGAAUAUUGACGAGGAAGCCUCUACUCGGAAGAAUCGGCAUAAACGAGCCAAAACGUUGUCAUCAUCUUCAUAUAGGAAGGAGUUGAAAAAAAUUAAAGAUUCGCAAAGAAGUGGGGCAUCAGCAGAUGACAUUUACCAACCAACAUUAUGGUACUUUGAGUUAUUACAGUUUACAAUUGAUCAAAAAACAGCUACAGACAGUAUUUCGAAUAUGGAGAGUUCAACCAGCGGAGUUGGUGAUUCUUGUGAAGAAUGGCAAGACCAGCAAAGCAAUAAUGCAGCUCAGAUUGAAGUAGAAAACUCAAGUCUUGAAGAGGAAGGGGAAAGUUCCCAAAAUGAAGUGGACGUCACUGAGUGGCCAAAUCCUCUACGUUCCAAUCUCACGAGCUUGCCCGCAUACUUUCCUGUCACUCCAAUCCCGAGGGAAACUGUCUUGGUGUAUGGGCACCUAAUGCGCAGGACUCUCGACUCGCACGUUUUACGCGCAAGCGCCGCGCGAGUCGAGAUACACGGGCACAACGUACUGCGUCCCGUACUUCACGCGUGUCCGUUGCGAGUGGACGUAUUUAAAAAAAUGGAACGUGAUAAGUUCGACACGGAACUUUUAAUGGAUGAAGUUGAAAAAAGAGUACCCAUAUGGGAUAUGGAAUCAUCAGACUAUUCCAAUAAAGGCAUAAAACGUAGGAAAUUGAAAGAAUUUGUCGAGAUGUUUUGUGAAGCUGGCGAUUCCGAAGAAAAGAAAAAAGCUUUGGGUAAGACUCUCGACUCGCACGUUUUACGCGCAAGCGCCGCGCGAGUCGAGAUACACGGGCACAACGUACUGCGUCCCGUACUUCACGCGUGUCCGUUGCGAGUGGACGUAUUUAAAAAAAUGGAACGUGAUAAGUUCGACACGGAACUUUUAAUCGAUGAAGUUGAAAAAAGAGUACCCAUAUGGGAUAUGGAAUCAUCAGACUAUUCCAAUAAAGGCAUAAAACGUAGGAAAUUGAAAGAAUUUGUCGAGAUGUUUUGUGAAGCUGGCGAUUCCGAAGAAAAGAAAAAAGCUUUGGGUAUUUUAUUGCAAAAGAAGUGGAAAGAGUUGAGUGAUGGAUUUGUAAGAGAAAUUAAGAGGAAGAAAACCACUCCGUCAGGAUCAGGAGCCUCCGGCAAAACCAAAUAUAUUUAUUUUGAACGUCUGAAGUUCCUCGAACGAUCGAUACACAAAAAAACAACUGACAGCAAUAUCAAUACCACGUCUGCUACAGCGGAAGAACAGGACUUUUCUGGCGAUGGAGAAGAUAUUGGCACGAAGUCCACCGAUGUCAGCAAUUCGUUUAAUAUACUAACUUCUGAUCAAGAUCGUUUGAUUAUUCCGUUUGAUUCAGUUCAAGAUUCAAUUGAGACAAAUCCUUUCUGUGGUGUUGCUGUUGUUCAUUGCGAAGAAAUUCAAGAGUAUAUUUUUGAGUUGCCUGAGAUUCAACAAACAUCAAUAUUGGAUGCAGUAACAUCCGAUAUACAAGUUAUCGAAAACACAGAAUAUUCUGUAAUCAAUGAGAGCAGGUUGUUACAGAAUGUUCUUGAGAAAGAAAAUAUUGAAGUAUUAGCCACUGAUGAAAGAGCAGAUACAAACUCAUUGACUUCGGAUAAGUAUCAGGUGCAAGACGAAGACUUAUCACUUCCUGAUCAAAGUAUCGUGCCCAUUGAUGACAGAAAUACUAGGACGUAUAGUACUGCUACUGCUAGUAGCGAGUGUAGCGACACUAGCGACGUAGUGUCAAAAGCCUAUCAACUUUCUGAUGUAACAAUAUCUGAAAAUUUUAGUAUGAAAAAUAUUCAACAGCCAACCCUUCAGUCAUUCACAGUCACAAAGAGACGAUGCAAAAAAAUUGACUAUGCCUUGACAUAUUUCAUAGCGGUAGAUAUGCAACCAUUUAGCGUUGUGGAAGAUAUUGGAUUUCGAAAUUUGAUUGAAGUUUUACAACCCUCAUAUUCGAUGCCCUCUAUAAAAACAAUCAGUGAGGUAGAAAUCCCCAAAUUAUAUCAUACCACUAAAGAUUCAAUCAUGAGAUUACUUGAUACUACUGAUUUCAAGGCAUUUACAACUGAUGCUUGGACUUCUGCUGCAUCUAAACCCUACGUGUCUUUGACAGCACAUUUCAUUUUGGGAUGGGAAAUGAAAUCUGUAACAUUGAAUUGCAGAGAAAUGACAGAAGAUCAUACCGCUGAAAACAUGGCUUCAGUUUUAUUAGAUUUGUUGAGGGAAUGGGAGAUUCCUCGAGAGAAAAUUAUAUCUUUCAUAACAGAUUCUGGGGCUAACGUGAAGAAUGCUGUGAAGCUUAUGAAUUUUCAACACGUUAGUUGCCUAGGGCAUAAUAUGAACCUUGCAAUUUCAAAAGUAUUUCGAUGGUGGUCGAUGUUAAAUUUAAUCAAGGCCAUAAUAGACAAUAAAGUACCACUCAGACAACUAUUGGAGGAUUAUCAAAAUGGAAAACAUCGUAACCUCACCUUGACAAUAAGUGAUAUUGAUAAAAUGAAGUUCUUAGUUGAUAUUUUGUAUCCAAUUAUGGAAAUUACUGAUGUGAUGACUGGAGAGAAAUAUAUCACUGGAUCAGCGAUACUCCCUCUGUGUAUGCAAAUAAAAAAUAUGACCUAUUCCAUAGAUACCGAUAAAACGAAUGUAGUUGAAGAAAUGAACGUGAUUAAGGUUCACGUAGUUGAGAAUAUUUUAAACUAUUUUGAAGAUAGAUAUAUCCGUAACGAAAAUGUCAGAGAUUUCUUGACGAAAUGUUCUCUUCUGGAUCCUCGUUUCAAACAUUUUGAGAUCGAUGGAAAAAAUUCAUCAGAGAUUCAGAACAACAUUCUGGAUGAGGCAAAUACAGUGCCAUAUAUGAAUAAUGAUGAAAGUAAACCUGACAAUUUUAAGAAAAGGAAAUUUGGUUCCAUAUUCACAUUAUUUAAACAAAACGAGGUUUCUGAGGGACACAAUGGGAGGGAAAUUGAAGUACAAAAAUAUUUCCACUACGACUCUUUGGAGAUAGAUGAAGACCCCCUAAAGUGAAGUUUUCGUGUUCGACCUGAACACAAGGAAGUCAUACUGGAAGAAGCAGAGAAGAAUCCUGUACUCAUUACCAUGAACUUCUCAAAAGCAAAUGCCAGGGCACAUUAUAACAAGAGUUGGAGCCUUCUAACUGCUCGGCUGAAUUCACUAGGCUAUGGUGAUAAAUCUGAAGAUAAAUGGCGAAGGGUGUUGGUUGAUUGGAUAUCACUAACAAAAUCAAAAUAUACUAAAAUUAAAAAGGAUAGAGAAAAAACAGGAGGAGGUCCACCCAACAAUAUUCAACUGAAUCCCCAAGAAGAAAGAUUGAUGGCAAUAAAAGGGUAUAGUAGUGUUGAAGAACCAAAGGAAAUUUUGCUACUCCCCCACCCAAACAACGAACAGGAUCAGUUGAUGGUAGUGAUAUAUGGGAUUCAUACUCUCAACUCAUUUGUAAUGAGUCUCAAAAUGAAGAGGAACAUGCGCAUGUCAGCAGAUGUUGAGAUGAUGUCUGAAUUACAAGAAACUUUUGAAACGAUAGAAAAUGAACCUUCAUGUUCUGGUAUUCAGGGGUCAAAUUAUACAAAACAGAAAGUGAGAGAAGCUCCUGACUGUGAGAAAGCUUCAACAAAAUUCAUGGAAGACAAAAAGAGAAAAAAGAAAAGAACAAAUGAAAUUGCUGAACUUGGUAGUGCUCUCCAAGGUGCACUAAAUGAAUUUGGCAAAUAUAUGCAUAAUAAAAAUGAAAAUGUGCUACCUAGGCCUCCACAAGAGACAAAUUCUCAAGAUGAAAUAUUCUUGAAAUUGGUGGGUAGUUAUUUAGCAGAAAUAGAAGAUCCAAGGGAAAAGCGCCUAGUAAAGUGCAAAAUCUUGGAGUUAUUCAAUGAAUGA